AUGGAUUCUAAGCAAGAUCCGACCAAAAUUGUAUUACCGCCUGCAAUUCGUGUAUCACCGCUUUUGCGGUUCAUGCGUUAUUCUUUUCUUGGAUUGGGUGUUGUUUGGGGAUUUUUCCGUUAUCGAAUGAUUUGCGAGAAACAUGCAGCUGUGCGGCAAAAAGAACAUGACGAGAAACUUGAGAAAGCAGAAAAAGAACGCAUAUUGCGCAAACAGCAAGCAGAUAAAAGCUUAUACGAUAUUUAUUUGAACAUUCUGGAAACCGAUCUGGAUGAAGGCGGUUCACUGUUUGGUAGCGUUCGAGAAUAG